AUGAAGAAAUUAAACGUACAGGAAAGCAAGGAGACACAGAAGUUGUUCACCUCUUCUAUCGAUGCCUUGAAGGCAUUGUACGCCGCAAAGAUCAGACCAUUGGAGUCAUUGACAAAAUUCGGUGAGUUCAAUUCACCAAUGUUGACAGAUGGCGAUAUUGAAGCAAAGCCAAUGGUGUUGCUGCUAGGACAGUAUUCGACUGGAAAGACAACAUUCAUUCAAUAUCUCCUUGAACGUGACUUCCCAGGUAGCAACAUUGGACCUGAACCAACUACUGACCGGUUUAAUGCCGUAAUGUAUGGUCCAGAUGACAGAGUGAUACCUGGAAACACAGUAGCUGUACAAGAGGAUAAGCCAUUCAGAGGAUUGUCCAGGUUUGGCACUGGAUUCAUGAGCAAGUUUCAAUGUUCACUUUGCCCAGCACCAUUACUCGACAAGAUAAGCUUCAUCGAUACACCAGGUGUAUUGAGUGGUGAGAAACAGCGUAUAGGUCGUUCAUACGACUUCCCAAGCAUUGUAUCAUGGUUUGCAGAGCGAUCGGACAUGAUCCUGUUGUUGUUUGACGCCCACAAGUUGGACAUUAGCGAUGAGUUUAAGGCGGCAAUAGAAUCACUCAAGGGACACGAUGACAAGAUCAAGAUCGUCUUGAACAAGGCUGACAAGGUCAGCUCACAACAACUGCUCAGAGUCUAUGGUGCACUCAUGUGGUCCCUGGGUAAGGUGAUCAGGACACCAGAGGUGAUGAGAGUGUAUCUUGGCUCCUUCUGGAAUGGUACAGCUCUUCAGAACCCAGACACUGAGAAGCUACUCCACUCUGAGAUGGUGGACCUCAUCAAGGAGUUAAUCAUGCUACCAAAGAACUCUGCCAUCAGAAAGGUCAAUGACUUGGUAAAGAGAGCAAGAUCAGCAAGAGUACACGCUCUUAUCGUUGGUCAUUUGAGGAAUGAGAUGCCAGCGAUGUUUGGAAAGGAUUCAAAGCAACAGGAACUGAUUGCCAACUUGGACAAGGAGUUCCAAAAGAUCGAAAGGAUCUACAAUAUCCCAGCAGGCGACUUCCCCGACGUAGACAAGUACAGAAACAUUCUCAAGGUGCACGACUUUAGCAAGUUCCCCAAGAUCAAUCCAAAGAUGUUGGAGCCCUUGGACGAGGCACUGGCCAUUGACUUCCCCCAACUGCUACAAAAGUUCCCAUUGGACGGAACACACAAACCAACGCCAUACGAGCUGAACCCAUUCGCCAUCGAUGAGGUUGAGAGCAAUCUUCGCUGGACAGUAUGGGAGAACAUCGAUAGAAACACUUUCAUUCCCAUCUUUUACUCUCUGAACCCUGCUGAGGGCAAAGUGACGGGUGUCAUUGCCAAACAGCCAUUACAAUCAUCUGGUCUUUCAAAUGACGUACUUGCCAAGAUAUGGAGACUAUCUGAUAUCGAUAGAGAUGGAAAGUUGGAUGUGGAUGAGUUCUGUCUGGCCAUGCAUCUGAUCAACACAAAGAUCCAAGGAUUCUUGAUACCAGAUGUACUUCCACCAACAUUGAUUCCUCACUCAAAGAGAGGAGGUAUG